UUCCACAAGCAACACAAUUGGACUGAGCAUGUCAAUCAAGUACGCACUGAUCUUUGCCCUGGCGGCGCUCUGCUGUCUGGUGGCCACCGAAGCAGCAGCUCAGCGUCGCAACGGUCUGGCACGCGCUGCGGUCGUGCAGGCGGACGAAAACAAGACGGCUGAGGUUGAAGGGCGCCAGGCGGAGGACCAGGAACUGGACGAGGAGGUGGAGCAGGAGGAGGAGGGCGAUCAGGACCAAGCUGCUCCAGUCAAGGUGCAGGAAAACGAGCAGCGCACCGUGGCCGCUGACAACAGGCAGAACCCGCUCAGACAGACCGUUGUCCGGUCCAGCAAUGAUGAUGCUCGUGCCAGACGCGUGGUGCGCCGCGGCACUCGCCGUGGUCCUCGCCGCAACAGGAACAGCCGUCGUCGUAGUGGCGGACGUCGUCGUGGCGGUCGCAGGAAUCGCUCUGGCAACCGUCGUCGUAAUAACAUCAGAAGGCGCGGCGGCAGGCCCCUCCGGGGUUAAGCAUUUGACCACAAACGGACUCAUCGAUGCACACACUCACCGAUUAACUUAGGCACACACACACA